CUGACUUGCCCUGGGCCGCACAGCAUAGCCUCUGGGAUCCCCAGGGCUAAUGGGCGUCUUGUUCCAGCAGUGGGCACUGUGACCAAGGCCCUCUGAGUGUCCUGCAAGCCAGGCUGGCCAGCUCUCUCCAGCCACUGGCCAUCAGGUCGGCUGCCAACUCCGAACCCCACUCCAGCCCCAGCCAUGAGCUCCUGGAGGUGUGACUCCCUCAGAGCUAGCAGCUCAGAGCCCCUCCCAGUGGUCAUCAUUGGCAAUGGUCCCUCAGGAAUCUGUCUGUCCUACCUGCUCUCUGGUCACACCCCCUACGUGAAGCCAGGUGCCAUCCACCCGAACCCUUUGCUGCAGAAGAAACUGGCUGAAGCCCCAGGGGUCUCUAUCCUGGACCAGGACCUGGAGUACCUGUCUGAAGGCCUUGAAGGCAGGAGUCAGAGCCCGGUGGCCUUGCUCUUUGAUGCCCUCCUGCGCCCUGACACGGACUUUGGGGGCAACAUGAACUCUGUGCUCUCCUGGAGGCAGCAGAAAGAGCGAGCCAUCCCCCACCUGGUCCUGGGCCGAAACCUCCCUGGGGGUGCCUGGCAUUCUAUUGAAGGUUCAAUGGUGACCCUAAGCCAAGGCCAGUGGAUGGGUCUCCCAGACUUGCAGGUUAAAGACUGGAUGCGGAAGAAAUGCAGAGGUCUUCGUAACAGCCGGGCCACAGCUGGGGACGUCGCCCACUACUACAGAGACUAUGUAUCCAAGAAGGGUCUAAGCCACAACUUCGUGUCCAGAGCCGUGGUCACAGCUGUGGAGUGGAAGUCUGAGCACGGCAGCUCCGGGACCCAGGCACCCAGCCCUCUAUUCCAGGUGAGCGGCUACCUCACCCACCAGGACCAGAGCCAACAGCCCUUCUCGCUGUGGGCCCGCAACGUGGUCCUAGCCACAGGCACCUAUGACACUCCAGCCCGGCUGGGAAUUCCAGGGGAGACCCUGCCCUUUGUCCACCACGAGCUGUCAGCCCUGGAAGCAGCCCUGCGCACGGGCACCGUGAGCCCAUUCUCGGACCCGGUGCUGAUCGUGGGUGCCGGGCUGACUGCGGCAGACGCUGUCCUCUUUGCCCGGCACUACAACAUCCCGGUGAUCCACGCCUUCCGCCGGUCCGUGCACGACCCAGGCUUGGUAUUCAACCAGCUGCCCAAGAUGCUGUACCCUGAAUACCACAAGGUGCACCAGAUGAUGCGGGAUCAGUCCAUCUCGUCGCCCAGCCCCUAUGCUGGCUACCACAGCCUCCCUGAGCACCGGCCGCUCCUCUUCAAGGAGGACCGCCAGGCUGUGUUCCAGGACCCGCAAGGCAGCCAGCAGCUCUUCGGAGUGUCCAUGGUGCUGGUCCUCAUUGGCUCCCACCCCAACCUCUCCUACCUCCCAGGGGCAGGCACCGACUUAGUCUUAGACCCGGAGCAGCCACUGAGCCCCAAGCGGAAUCCUAUUGACGUGGACCCUUUCACCCAUGAGAGCACUCACCAGGAGGGCCUGUAUGCCCUGGGGCCACUGGCCGGGGACAACUUCGUGAGGUUCGUCCAGGGGGGUGCCCUGGCUGCAGCCAGCUCCCUACAGAGGAAAGAGACCAGGAAGCCCCCCUAACAUCAGCCUGGUGUCUUGACACCCAGGCCCUGAAGAGGAGGGGGCUCCCCACAGCCUAGUGGGGCAUGAGCCCAUCUAAAGAUGCCCUGUGGGGGGACAGGUCUCCUUGGUAGGAGACCAGAACCUGAGCCUUGUGGAUGGACUGUCCGGCUCAGAGGUGUGGGGAAUUUGGGCUGCCUCACUCCAGGCUAGUCGAGGCCCAAGGCAGGAGCAGUGGCCACUGACCGAGGACCCUGGGCCAGAGCCUGAGUGAAGCUGGUUGUGUGAGCGGGAAUCACAGGGCCAGCGGAGUGCUGGGCCAGGACGACUCCAGGCCCACACCUUCCGGAAUCAGGCCCCUAAUAAAAUCAGUGAUGUAGUCCA